AAACUCAAACUAUUUGAUUCGUUUAACAGUUCUAUCCAUCUGCUUUGGAUUCCGAUUAAUCCAGCUUCCGGUAACGUCGGGAUAAGGUCUUUUUCUUUGGCGUCCUGCCUUUCCUCUCUGGAGAGAUAUCCGUAGGCUUUCUUUCAGGUGAGCUUCCCGCAAAGCGUUGUAACGAAUAGGGAGACUCUAUCCUAGGGCCUACUUCUAGCUUAGUUGUCCAUAGGCGUCUGAAGGGGGAGUGGAGUGAAGGCAUUCUCUUGGGAGAAGAAGCCCGCCAGCUUACUAUACUAAGAGAAGAGAAGAGGGCGCUAUUUCACAGUGGUAGGGGAAGUCGUCCCUAAGCGCAACCAGACAAAAUCCUUUCCCAUUCCCACCCAUAUUCUCAUUCUUCUUCCGGAACAAUCUCUUCCGUUGCUUUACAUUUCUCCUCUCCCCUCUCAAUCUCUUCCGUGGUUACUUUUGCCGAUCAAAAAAGAAAUGCUUAUGAUUGUCCCUACAACGAUUACUGUUGAUUGGUCACAGAAAUCUUUUGCAGGUUCAUUUCCAGCAUCUGUAGGGAAAGCUAGAGUUGGCUUGAAUGGUCCGCUUAGAAUGGUGCCGUCAUGUCUGUGCAUAAAGUGUGAGAACAGUAAGAAGGAGGGUGGUGGUAAAAAACACAAGGGGGGUGGUUCCUAUGAGCGUUAUCAGGUCGGUCCCGAUAGAUAUGUAUCCGUCGAACGCCCACCUUAUUACAGUUAUAUGGACUCCAUAUCAGGGGAACUUGAACCAGCCACCGGGGCCCGCGCUAGUAUACCAGGACAAGACUAUUGGCCAGAAGGCACUGCUAGUCGAGUCAGAGCAGCUCGGGCUCCUGAACCAACUGGUAUGUCCAAAGGAGCUCCAUCCUAUGGGAAAACUCCUGGAAGUAGGAGGAAAAAGAACAAGGCACAGUUUGCUGCCUCUGGUUCUUCUGAGAUCAGUGUAUCUUCAGAUGAUCGUGUGGAAGCUGAAACUUCAAAUGAUGGAUUGGACAAGCCAAAAGAUCUCUCCUCUGAAUUUGUUACAUAUCAGACAGAACAAGAGGAGCUAACUGGUUACGCAUUGGACAAGAAACUUGGGCGUCCUCACCCAUUUAUCGAUCCAAAUAAGAGGAAGCCAAUAGAGGAGCCACUUACAAGUGAAGAACUAUGGUGGAACUGGAGAAGGGCAGAGAAAGGAGUGUGGUCUAGGUGGCAGAGGAGACGCCCUGAUGUUGAAACGGUGUUUCUUAAAGCUAUGGCAGAGACAGGCCAAAUAAAGCUAUAUGGUGAACAUCCAACAGUGACUGAGACUGCUCUCUACAGAGCCAGGCGACAUGUUUAUAAAGAGGAAAGGCUACAGGCAGAAGAUGAGAGACUGCAUAGAAUAGGUCCAUUGGCAUACUACUCAGAAUGGGUUAAAGCUUGGACGAGGGACUCUUCACUUGAAGCUGUUCAGAAACAUUUUGAAGAGACUGGUGAAGACGAGGACACCCAAGUUGCUCAAAUGUUUGCACUUCAAACUGAUCGAGAAUACCGCAUAAUGAUGGGGCGUGAUAUUCGCAUUCGCAGGGAUCCUUUGGCAAUGCGAAUGCGGGAGGAUCAAAUUAAGCAAAUAUGGGGUGGAGAUCCAGUUUACCCAACAGUGAACUACAUUCAAGAUCCCAAUGAGGUGACUGAUUUCAGGGGUGCAGAAUUUCAUGAACCAACGCCUAACAUGCUUGAUUAUUUGAAAGAGUGUGGCAAAAUAAUCACAAGAGAGGAGCUUGAGAAAAUCUUGGCCAAGGAGAAGCCUGAAGAACUUGAGGCAUCAGAUAUGGAUGAAGCAAUGGCACGAGCUGUGGACAUCGGUGAAACUGAUGAUGAAGUGGAGGAGACUGAGGUUGAGGAUGGUGAUAAAGAUGAGAAAGUGGAGGAGAGUGCGGUUGAGGAUGGUGAUGGUGAUGAAGACGAGAAAAUUGCUCGCAAUUGGAGUGUUUUGAAAAGUACUCCCCAGCUUCGCAAGUCAAAGGGUAAACCUAUGAAGGAAGACAUGUCUCUGGAAGAAGCUGUAGUUGAUUCAGAGAACCUAACUGAUUUUCUCCUGGACUUCGAUGAGGAGGAAUAAUGUUUUUCCUGGCUGUUGAGGAUGCGAAGACGUUCUACUACUGCAAACAGGGUCUAGGUGCUGUGAAAGAGGUGUUUCAUACUGCAAUGGACCACUUUGUUUGAGUUUUGGCCAUUGUGCUUGAAUUGUUCAGAAGAUCUAUUUAGUUAUAAACUAUAUAAGAUGAAACGUUAGAGUUCCGAACUUUUCCUCUACUUUCUACAGGACAUUCCAGGCUAUAGCACUUCAGUCUUGGAUAGUAACGGUAUUAGCAUCUGUUAGGAUUGUGGUUGUGUUGAACCGAUUUCUCUGUGAAGUGAAUUAUAGUAGUAUGUUCUGUUGAUCUCUCUGUUCAAGGAGGCUAGGCGCUGUGUCAAUGCUUAGAUGAGCAAAUUAUUGGUAAUGGCAAUAUGCUGGGUUGUGGGUA